UCAAUCUAUUACUAUGUUACAACGCGGGAGGGUCACACUAGCAGAAACAUGGAUCCUGGACGAGGUGUCGUCGCCACUGGACUUGGCAAAUCUUACUCGCCCUUUUCCAGGCCCCAUUCUUAUAUGAUGGCAGCUGCUCCUAACAAUUCUUCGAAAAGUUUAAAGGGCAUUAUUGCAGGAGGCAUCACAGGUGGCAUUGAAAUCUGUAUUACAUUCCCGACAGAAUAUGUAAAAACUCAGCUACAGCUGGAUGAGAAAUCUGGUCAAGCUAAACGAUAUAAAGGUCCAAUAGAUUGCGUGAAAGUUACAGUGUCAGAACAUGGUGUUCGGGGCUUGUAUCGAGGACUUAGUGUAUUACUCUAUGGUUCCAUCCCCAAAUCUGCUGUCAGGUUUGGUGCUUUUGAAGAAUUCAAGAAACGCUCUGUGGAUGAGAAGGGAAACUUGCCAAUGAAUAAACGAUUGCUGUGUGGUUUAGGUGCUGGUGUGUCUGAAGCAAUAUUAGCAGUUACUCCAAUGGAAACUGUUAAAGUAAAAUUCAUCAAUGAUCAGACCUCAGCCAAUCCAAAGUUUAAAGGUUUCUUCCAUGGAGUAAGUCAAAUUAUCAAAGAGAAAGGAAUCCGUGGUGUAUAUCAAGGGUUGACACCAACUAUCCUGAAGCAGGGUACAAACCAAGCAAUGCGAUUUUUUGUUAUGGAAACGCUCAAAGAUAAAUACAGAGGUGGGGACCCAAAUAUCAAAGUUCCUACUCUUCUAACUGGGCUUUUUGGAGCAAUUGCUGGUGCUGUAUCUGUAUUUGGUAAUACUCCUAUUGAUGUCAUAAAAACACGAAUGCAGGGUCUAGACGCUCAAAAAUACAAGAAUACCCUUGAUUGUGUGAUCAAAGUUAUGAAAUACGAAGGUCCAAAAGCAUUCUACAAAGGAACCAUUCCACGUCUCAGUCGUGUCUGUCUUGACGUAGCCAUUACUUUCAUGAUUUACGACAGCUUCAUGAAUUUCUUCAACAAAAUUUGGAUAACGUAACCCGGCCUGCAAUUCACUAAAGACAACGACCACUGCUCAUGUAUCAACUACUGCUAUAUCCUCGGACUUGAUCUCCCUUUCUGCAUCCCAUGUCUUCAACUUGAAAAAUUCUUGUGUUUUUUGAAGAGACAAACUGCUUGGUUGUAUUAUCUGCUGAUUUCUGUUAAAUUAUCUGAACCUUUUUUUGUUAAAUUUAUAUAUACAUAUAUAUAUUUGUAAGAACUUACUUCGAAAAAUAUGUUUUAAAGCAGCAUAAUCCUUUAAUUCAAAGGGUUUUGAUGUUAUUUUAUGUUUUUAAGAAUUAUUGAUUGGAUUUAAUUACCUGCAUCAUUUGAUCAUUGAAAAAUCUUAUACAUUUCUUUAACAUAUAUCCAUACAUAGACGACAAUCUUUAUGAGGUUGUCAUGACUGCUAGAAAUAGUUGAAUCUCCCUCAAAUAAUGACUGCUGUCUUGGAAAUGAAGGGACCCAUUAGACAAUGUAGUCUCCAGACAGAGUGGUCAUAACUGGAAUGGAUUUGUUCAUUGGCCUGCUUUGCUAUUUCAAUUCAUAUUAAUGCUUUAAACAUAAGUAAUUUUGUUUAAAUUUUACAUGCAUUUAUAUAUAUAUUGUAAUAAUAAUAAUUAUUAUAGAUGUGAUGCAAAUGUACAUUAGCAGACACACAGAUACACUGAAAAACAGAAGUAGAAUCAGAAAGCCAGCUUGAAGGAACUGAGCAUAUAUGUUCCUUUUGGUUUUGGAGCACAUGCGAGCAUAUAAUCAAACAUAUAUAUGUGAACAUGUACACACAACUGCACCUGCCUUUCCCUUUUUAUUUUUUUUAAUUAUGGGGAAUGUCUGUAUUUUGUAUAUCUUCCACUAUUAAAAUACUACCUACAUACAUUCCCCGAGAAACUAUAGAAUAUUUCAAAUAAUUCCACUUUUGGUUCAUUAAAAGAAAAGCAUUUCUCUAAACAAUAUUGUUUAUCACAAGAGAUUACCACUUAUGUUAACUUUUUCAUUAUCUGAUAUGUACUUGCUGUUUAUUUAAACUGCUGUCGUGAUUCUGCUGGACAAAUGUUUUGUAAAAAUCUAAAUACAUUUUAUGGGAAAUAUUAUUUUGACAUGGUCCAACCCAUGCCAGUAUGGAAAAAUGGAUGUUAAACGAUGAUAAUGAUGAUUAUUAUUAGCUCUUCUAUUUUGAUUCCUGUUGAAAUUAGUAUUUCAUUUUUGUUUUUCAAAAUUUAUCUAAAAAAACUUCAUUAAAUUUAAAUAAGGCAAUUUAUAAAAUCAUUUAUGGAAGUGGUUUUGUGAAUAAGAUGUUGGAUUUGAGAUAAGAAGUGGCUUUGAUCUCAUUCCAUUUAUUUUGCCAUUUAUUAAAAAAAUAGACAAGGAAAUUUCUCACAGCUAUUGUCCUAAGUUGCUCACUCAUAUUUUUGUAGGACAAAACCCAAGAGUAAUCCCUAUCAUGACAUUAUAAAUUUAUUUUUGCUUUUUUUAAUGGAAAAGACAAAAAUGUGUCAAGAAAAAGAAAAAAAAACUGCGUGGUUGUCUCAAUUUUCAUUUUUUUUUUCUUAUUCUAUCAAUUUUGAGCCUUUAUUUCAUCGAUUGAAUACUAUUUGAUGUGCUUUUAUUCAGUUCACUUUUGAGUAAAAGCCUGUAUCGAUUUAAUGGGGAAAAAAAACUAUAAAAUUUGGUUUAGAAAAAUUUUUUUUUCAAUCUUGAAGAUAGUAUUUUCAGAUUUAUAUUCUCCUAUUCUAUUUGGUAAAAUUUAUCAUUAUAUUAACCUGUUGUUAAUCAAUCAUUUCUAUUUUGUUUAUUAAUCAAAAUACUGUUUCUAAAUUUUUUUUUUUUUUGUCUUUGACUGGCCCAAAAAUUCUUGUAAAAUUUUAUUUGAAUCAUUCUUCUUUGAGUGAAGAUUUUGAUUGGAGUUUUAAAGGGAGAAAGGACAUGAAAAUAGAAAUUAAAGCUAUUUAUAUAUUGAGGUUUGUAUUGUGAAGUGAUUUUUAUAGUGAGUAGCAUGAAGAAAUAUGAAGAAACUUUAAAAUGUUUGUGUGAUGUAAGCAGACAACUGUAUUGUACCAAACAUUAUAGCUGACCAGCGAUUUUUCUUCUGAUACUUUCUCAGAUAUAUAAAGACAGAAGAAAAUGAAAACUGGUACAAAUGUGGCAGUGGUUUCCACCAAACUGCUAUUUCCAUAAUACGUAUUACCUAUAGCAUUUAAACUUUAGGUAAUGUUGGCCAAUGUUUUAAUACAUGUGAUAUACGAUACACAUUCCAUAAAUGAAAGUUUUGUAUUUUGAAUGAGUUAAGACACUAAACUAACUUGAAUAAAUGUUAUGUCUUUUAAAUAUUCUGUUGGUUUGAACAGUGAAUUUUCAAAUAUAAAAAAUAUCAAAAUCAUGUUGUUCAUUUUUAAAUAGCUAAAAUGAUUAAUCAGAUAUUGCUGUUAUAUUUGGAUAUUUCAUUUUUAUUAUUUUAUUUAUUUUUAAAAAUGUAAAUCCCUUCCAAUGUCUCAAACAUUUUUUACUAAUCAUAAUUUUGAUGCUGUCUCAGAUUAUACUUUGUAACUUUGAUAGCAAAUAUUGUUGCUAAGAAUCAGAAAUUUCAAAUAUUUCAGUUAGGUUUGUUUUCGCUACUUUCUCUUAUUUAUAUAUUUAAUUUUUGAAAGUUUUCCACCUAAGCCACUUAUUUACCAUACGUUAGUAGUAUAUUCUUUUAAGGCAUUAGCUACUAAUAAAAGUAUGAUAUAACUCUAAUCAUUAUAGUAUGUUAAUUAACAGGAAUUCUGAGCAUAUCAUUGAUAUAAACUAUUUUAUGGUUUUUAUAUUUCAUGGCAUUAAUUAUCCAAAAUAAUAAGUAGAAGAAAAUAUCUUUUGAAGUAACUUUUAAAAAAUGUUUCAUGUAAUUUUAUGUGAAGUAUGUAAACUACAUCAUUAAUUAGGGUGGAUGCUGUGAUUAUAUUUCAUCAGCAGAAGCAUUUGUUUAGUCCAAUGUAGUAUGCUUAUAUUGUGAGGACAGAGCCACAAAAUAUAAAGUAAUGGUGAUUAUAGAAUUCAUAACAAAUAUUAGAUCCUUGGAGGUCUUUCAUCUCUGUGAUAAAGCAUAACAUUAUGAUUUUCUUCAUUUGUUCUAAGAAUUAUGCUAAUUAUCACUUCUGUUGAGAAAUUAUUUGAUCAGCAAUGGAAAUUAGUUUCAUAUUUUACUAUUGAUUCUAUGCAGUAAACACACAGACUAGGCUGUUGAUGCUGCAAUCUAUAUUUUAGUUCAGUGUUCAUAAUCAGCAGAAAAAUAAAGCUGACAUGCUUCAAGGGAAGAAACAUUUGGUGAAUAGAUCUUGAUUAGUUUUUUUUUUUUCCAUUUAAGAUAAUGUUCAAGAAAGAUAACUCAAUGUAAUCCAACUGCCAAAAAAAAAAAUCAAGGAAUAGCUAUUUUUCCUGAUAUUGUUUAGAAUCAACAGCCCCACUGAUGUCACAUAGUGCUUCCUGGGAUUUGAUGAGUGGCAGUGAAGGUGGGUAAAGUAUGAUCUCCCCUUUGUAGUCACAAUGGAAUAUGAUUUUCCAUCUUUAAAUUUUGUUUGCAAAUUUAGAAUUUUUUAAAAUAUUGAUUAUAUUCUGCUGAGGAAAAUUCAAAUUUCUGAAAGACAUUGGCUUUAAGUUUGUUAUAUCAGCUUCAUUAUAAUAAGAUUUUUAAAAAGUGUUUAUAUUUUAAAUUUUGAGGCCAUAUAUUGCUAUUGCAGAGCUAAAUUAAAUGUGAUAGAUAUUUGAAAGCAGCUUAACAUUUGAACUUUCCUAUGUUCAGUUAUUACUGCCUGAAGUUUUUUUUUUAUCCAUUCAAUUUUAAUAUGCUAAUUUUCUUUCUCAAGAAUGCAAAUGUAAUUUUUAGUCAAUUAGUGCUACUCUUAUUGUUUUCUCCCUUUUUUAAACAGCUAUCUCAUUGAUGGAAUUGUUCUUUAACAUUGGAUUUUAAUUAAACAUUCAAAAGCAAUAACAGGAAAUUUUCCAGUCGUUAAAACACUUUGUGGCUUAUUGAAAUUGUCAGAAAAUAGAAUGCUGUAGUGAUCAGAAUGUCUUUAGAAUUGCUCUUCAAUUUCUUGUAUACAAAUGCAGUAGAAUGUAGAGUUGGUGUACAGAUAUUUACAUAUUCACUAUAGAACUUUUUCCUCUUUAAACAACAGUAUACUGAUUUUUUUCUUUCCUUAUCUUAGAAAUAAAAGAUUUUUUUUAUUUCAAUGUAGUUUAAUUUUAAGGUAUUUGCAACUCAGAUCAGAUUGAACGAAAAAUUUUUCAAUUUUUGAUUGAAGACAAUCAUUUUUGGAUUCUUUAUUUAAAAUUUUAUUCCAAAUCAAUUAUCAGGAUGUGUCAUCUCCAACAAAAUUGGAUCUAAAGUCCCUUUAGAAGACAUUAUGUGUGCGAAUAUGAAUGCCAACUAUUCAGUUUAAAAUAAUAAUGAUUAUUCAGAUCUUUUUAGAAUAUUAAUCAUGUUGUCAUUCACCAGGAUAGUUAAAAAUCUUAACAAGUCACAGUCUGUUUAAAGGUAGAAUAAAUCUUUAAUAGAAAUGUAAAUAUAAUGAUUAACUUUCAACAGGAUACACAUUAUAAAACUGUACCCUAAUCCAUCCUGCUUUUACACUUGACAAAUAUCAGGUUCCACUGGUUGUGACUUAAUAAUAACAACAUGGACUGAACAGUUCUAUUGAUACUGAUAUCAACCAAAUCUACUAUUUAAAGCAAUAAAAUUUUCUUUUUUGAAAGUCUGUGAUUAAUGAUUGUCUGAAUGUAAAUAUAGUUUGAGUAUUUGAGAUCAUUCUUUAGUUCAUACAUUUGGGUUUUCCAUAUCAGGUGUUACAUUUUCUUUAGAAAUUAUUUAUCAAAUUUGAAGUUUUUUUAAUUAUAAAAACAAAUUUAGUUUUUCCUUGUUUUUAUUAGUGUUGGAUGUACAGAGAAUUCUGUGCCUUUGGGACCAUAUUUCUUAAAACUAGUGAUUUGAUGUACUUUUGGCAACUAUAUUGUAGAUAACGUCAUUACAUAUAAGAGUAUGACAAUGAAUUAUAUAUAUAUAUAUAUAUAUAUAUAUAUAUAUAUAGUUAAAUCAUGAUUUAAAGAAGUACUUAAUACAAACUUAGAAUGAAAUAGUUUAUUUCGGUUGGUCAAGUGGUCUGUUACUUGGUAGUUUUAACACUGUGCACCUUGCUAUGGAAACAUCAGAGUAACAAGCCACUGGCCUGGCCUAAAUAAACAUAUAAACUUCGAUUAUGGUUAUUUUGGAGCAUUCAGUCUAUUUAAAGAUAGAGAUAAUUUUUGUCUCACAUAAAUUUCAGUUAUUUUGUUGUUUUUUCUUUUUUAUAAAAUAAAGCAAUUUCUGAGAAGAUGUAACAAAGACUGAAUAAGCUUUCGUUAUUAUAUUUUGUUUAGUGUAAAAGGCUCACAUACCUGUUGUUUUUUUUUUUUGUUAGUGAAGAAAUGUGCUAUUGUUACAUAUUUGACAAGUGAUGCAUUAUGUAUGCAUACGUCAAUGUUAAUAGAAUUUAACGAAAAUGAAGAAUAAAGUAUAUUUAUAUGAAGA